AUGGCUUCCGAAAUAGGCAUGGUGUUCAUGUUUCUGAUCCAAGUUGGGCUGGCGCUUGUGAUCGUUCUGGGCGCGUUUUUCUUCAUUGUUUAUCAUUUCUUUUCGCACACAUCAUCUGAACCGCAUCCACCUUCGAAAUUCCGAAAUGCCGUUUGGGGUCUGCACUGCACACGGCCGCCUUCAGGCCAAGACCUCGGGAAGCAGCAGUUCAAUAAAGCGCGUGAUGAUGUCUACCGCGUCCUUCGUGACGAGAUCUCUUUUAAAGAGCGGAAAAGCGCUAACAGCCCGGUCCGCAUGCUGAAUAGCAGCGGUGCCUAUGGCUACCAGAACGCCUCUAGUAGUGUGCCUCAUGCGGCUGCUGCAAUCCUGGGGCAGCAGCCGCUGCAGCAGCUACCGCGUCCAUUCGCUGCUGGUGAUCUCUGCACUUCAGGAGCUCAAGCGUAUACCCAGGAAUGCAACACUGCAUGCGCUUCGAUGACACGGCAAGCAGCGCACUGCCCCGCGGAGCUAUCUGCUGCUGCACUUUACACGGGAGCUGCGGGCUGGCGUCUGACAGGCCAACAGCAGCAGCCGGCGGGAGGAAGCGGUUCACUAACUGCUGCGAACAGCGCGCGCGCCGCCGCAGCACUGCCGCUGGCUAGUGCAUCCGCUAGCCGUACAGACUUUCACCCUUUGAACGCCGAGGAAUCGGAUUGCAGAGACGCCGUAGCAGCCUUCUAUCUGGGAGGCCACUGCUGCUCACCCUCACGGGGGAGUACUAGCAGCGCCAAUGCAGCAGCGGCAGCAGCGGCAGAAGCAGCAAGCAGGGAGUGUCAGACGAAAGAACUUGCACAACUUGUGCGAGUGGCAAACGCAAUCGAAUCUCUUCUGGGGGCCUCAGCGAAACGGCGCGCGGCUGAUAGUACCAGCAUCAACCGCAGCAGCACGGGAGGUGCAAGCAGCGCAGCAGCAGCGGCAACUGGCGCAGCACUGGCUCAACAGCAGUCGUAUGAUGUGGGAAUUAUAGGCACCAAGAACACAACGGGGGGCAGGGAGAGCAGCAACAUACUGCAGCAAGAGGCCAACCCCUGCCAGCAGCUGCAGCCUGCAUCCACAUUUUCAGCAGUGGACAGACCCACUAGCAAGAGGGAGGAGACAAUGCUUGUCGAUCCCCCAGCUAAGCGGCGUCUGAGUGCUGCUGAGGGGAGCCCUAAUAAGGCUAAGGGAGAGGUGACACAAGAGCACAGAAGAUCACUUGCUACAGCAACGGAAACAACGAAAAAACAGAGAACGAAUCUAAUGACGAAAGUUCUUUUGUUAGUGUGCAGCCACCAGAACAAAAACUACAGGGGAGGCAGAGUGCGCCUCAUAGAAUGGUGUAGAAGAUACGCAGGAAGCCUCUCCCCUGAUCAGUGCGCCUCUGCUACAGCGAACUAUUUCUUCUUCUUUUGUCUUGCUGCUGCCGGUCUUUUUUUCCUAUUAUCAGUUUCCACUGCAUGCACAGCUGCCAGGCAAGGAGGCUCGCGCGCGGACUUUGAGGCGACGCUCGAGGCCACCAAACAGAUUCGUUCGGUCUUCUGCCCUCACGUCCCCAACUUCUUCGAAGUGCACCUUGUGGGGGAUCUCGUAAAUGAAUCCGAUUUUAUCCGAUUUAUGGAUGGCAUUUUAGCUGACGAAGAGCCGAGCGAAGCCAGGCUGACGAAGGCGGCUGCGGCGUUCCCUCUUGCGCCGAAACAGACGUUGAAACGUUCCUACGAUGCAGGUUUCUCCUCUGCUCUGUCGGCGCCCGCUUUCUCUGAUUUGAAUGAACUGCGGGAAACGUCCGACUUACAAAAGCAUCAACUUGAGGCGCGGACUCGAACAACAAGAAAAGCCAGCUGUCUAGAUGCUGCCGUAGACGCAGCAGAACCGGCUGCAACUGUUUCUGCCUCUGGUCUUCCCUCAAGAGAAAUCAACCCACCAGCAUUACUAAUGCGUGCAACCCCGAAGCUUACUGCAACAAACAUGUCUUCAAAAAUGUGGUGGAGAGAGCCAAGUGCCCAACCCCUCAGUUACACGCAAGAAGAACCUCCCCCCUUUUCAGAGACUGCUUCCACUGCAGCAAGUGUAGACAACCAGAGAUUUGAAUACCCAGCUGAUCCGCCCUUCUAUUUGGCAGCUGCUGCUCUUUCAAUGAAACCCGAGGCUGCGGCACAGGCGCGCACGUGUGAUGCAGCAUCCGAACUGCAACAACAGCGCAGAGAGGGAGAGGAGGAGCACAAACACAAGCGGCGAACAAAGGCCUCAGCUUGCAACAGGAAGGACAACAAAAGCGGCAAAGAAUCGGGCCCCAAUUAUUCGCACCUGUCUCUCCAAAAGACGGCGUGCAAAGGGGAGGCCCCUUCCUCUUCGGUAAUGUGGAGGCUGUCGAGCUCAGCCGCUGCUGGUCCUCCUCCUGUUGCUGCUUCUGCUGGCCGCAGCACCAGCAGCAACUGCAACGGCCGUCAGCCGCAGCAUCAAAAAUCACCGCAGCAGCAACAGAAGAGAGGCAAGGCGAAGCAUCCAGCAGUCCACGCUUUCCCAGGCACUCCUGAGUCGCCCUUUGGCAGCUGCCCUCCCUUGACUUUUAUUUGCAGAGACGCUGCUCUAUCCUCAGCGUCGCUGGGGCCCCUAAGCGCUGCGGGCAGCACCCAAUGCAGCACGACGAAGUCUGAGAGGGUCGUAACAGCCGGCCGUGGAGGCCUGGAAAACGCCAGAAGGAAUAGGACGAGAAGCAAAGGUGUGCUCAAAAAGGAAUUGUAG